ACGUGAUGACGCUCACGUGAUCACUGCACCGCUUCACCAGCCUGUCCUCAAAACAACCUACACUACACUUAAACGCACCGCGAAGGACAACAUGGACAUGCUGUUAGCUGUGGUCAUCCCCUUGUUAUUCAGCCCAUUGGUGUGGAGUGGAUACCUGGAGUAUGACCAAAAUGUUCUGGUGCCCAAGGACUGGACUCGCAUUGGAAGGCUCAGGCCAACUGAGGAGCUGGAGCUUACUUUUGCACUCGUGCAGCAGAAUGUGGACCUGCUGGAGGAGAUGCUGAAAGCGGUGUCUGACCCUGACUCGCCUCAGUACGGUAAAUACCUUCAACUUGACGAAGUGGCCUCCCUUGUGCAUCCAUCUGACGUGUCCCAAAAGGUGGUGCGCGGCUGGCUGCGGAGUCACGGUGUCACAAACUGCUCCACUGUUUACACACAGGACUUCUUACAGUGCACUUUGACUGCAAAGGUUGCGGAGACUCUACUCCCAGGUAGCAGAUUCCAGCGUUAUGUCAGAGACGGUCAGUCCAUCGUGAGGUCCUCAGCUCCUUACUCUGUUCGUGAUGAUGUUGCCCAACACCUUGAUUUUGUUGGAGGGCUUCAUCGCUUCCCUCCUGGAGGACACAAACCAAGCACGGCCUCAUCAGACUUGAAGAAAAGGCAGCGGGACAAUGGGUUUCACUUAGGAGUGACUCCUUCCGUGUUGAGGGCCCGUUACAAUAUGACGGCAGCGGACGUGGGAUCGGCUCAGAACAACAGCCAGGCUGUAGCUCAGUUCUUGGAGCAGUACUAUAGCCCUUCGGAUCUGGCGGAGUUCAUGAGCAUUUAUGGCGGAAGCUUCCAGCAUCUGUCCAAGGUGGACCGUGUCGUGGGGACACAGGGCACUGGAAAGGCUGGUUUAGAGGCCAGUCUGGAUGUGGAGUACAUCAUGAGCACGGGAGCCAACAUCUCUACGUGGUUCUUUUCCAAUCCAGGCCGUCACGAAUCACAGGAGCCGUUCCUCCAAUGGUUGGUUUUGCUAAGCAACAUGUCUGACCUGCCUUAUGUGCACACCAUCAGCUACGGAGAUGAUGAGGACAGUCUGUCCACCGCCUACAUGCAGCGCAUCAACACGGAGUUCAUGAAGGCCGGCGUCAGAGGCCUCUCUUUACUUUUUGCUUCUGGUGACAGUGGUGCCAGCUGCCUGCACAUGGCUGGAGAAAAGAAUUCCUUCAGACCCAGUUUUCCUGCCUCAAGCCCUUAUGUGACCACAGUCGGUGGAACCUCAUUCAAGAAUCCAUUUAAGGUAACUUACGAAGUUGCAGAUUACAUAAGCGGAGGAGGCUUUAGUAACGUUUUCAAGAUGCCCGAUUACCAGGUCAGUGCUGUUGCUAGUUACCUGAAGAGUGUCGCGGCAACACUCCCACCUAAGUCGUACUUCAACGUCAGCGGGAGGGCGUAUCCUGACAUGGCGGCGCUGUCGGAUAAUUACUGGGUGAUCAUCAACAGAGUACCCGUGCCUUGGGUGUCUGGGACAUCGGCGUCGACCCCGGUGGUCGGUGGGAUGUUCUCUCUCAUCAAUGACAAACGUCUGAUGAAGGGCCUUCCUGUACUGGGCUUCCUCAACCCUCGCCUGUACAAGCUCAAGGGACAGGCCCUGUUUGAUGUUACUGAAGGUUGUCACCUGGGCUGCUUCGACGAGCAAGUUCAAGGUCAAGGAUUCUGCACGGCACCAUCAUGGGACCCGGUGACGGGCUGGGGAACACCUAACUACCCUGCACUUGUGGCUGCUCUAUCUCAAUGAAAGUCACGCUUGAGAACAGGUACCAAACAUCUACACAGUCAUGUUAGCUGCUAAUGCUGUGUGAGUUUGGACUUUCAUUUGAAGUUGUACGAUUGAUUUACUCAGGUCUGCAGGGAGGUUUCAAAAAGUGAUUGUGUAUGUACGAUCUGUUUAUGAUUUUUCAAUUGCCAAUCAAAAAGUUACUGAUUGUUUGUAUUUUUAUGCUCUGACAAAAUUGGAAUUUUGCCUUUUUUUUCUGCAAAAGAUUUUACCAGCUGAUGAGCAAACUACAGUAAUGCGAUGUUACCAUUUAUCACGGAUGCAAAAAAUAUUUUUUUUAACAUAUUUUUGCACUUAUGAAUCUAGACCAUAGACUUCACUAUCAGUUGGCGAGAAACUGGGCCUAUUUUCGAAAACGUUUAAGUAUUUAAGCCUUUCAGUGCUCAGACCAUACGCCGCACUCUAAAUCAAAUGGGUGUGCAUGGCUGUCACCCCAGGAGGAGGCCUCUUCUGUGUCAAAGUGUCAUUUUGUCAGUGUUGUCCCAUGAAAAGAUAUACUUAAAUAUCUGCAGAAAUGCGAGGGGUGUACUCACUUUUGUGAUACACUGUAUAUAUAUAUAUAUAUAUAUAUAUAUAUAUAUAUAUAUAUAUAUAUACACACACACACACAUACUAGGGCUGUCAAAAUUUUUUAAUCGAGUUAAUUACAGCUUAAAAAUUAAUUGAUCGUAAUUAAUCGCAAUUAAUCGCAAUUCAAACCAUCUAUAAAAUAUGCCAUAUUUUUCUUUAAAUUAUUUUUGGAAUGGAAAGAUAAGACACAAGAUGGAUAUAUACAUUCAACAUACAGUACAUAAGGACUGCAUUUGUUUAUUAUAACAAUAAAUCAACAAGAUGGCAUUAACAUUAUUAACAUUCUGUUAAAGCGAUCCAUGGAUAGAAAGACUUGUAGUUCUUAAAAGAAAAAUGUUAGUACAAUUUAUAGAAAUUUUAUAUUAGAACCCCUCUUAAUGUUUUCGUUUUAAUGAAAUUUGUAAAAUUUUCAAUCAAAAAAUAAACUAGUAGCCCGCCAUUGUUGAUGUCAAUAAUUACUUACACAAUGCUCAUGGGUGCUGAAGCCUAUAAAAUCAGUCACACCCAAGCGCCAGCAAAGGGCGCCAAAACUCCAUAAAACACAAUUAACAAGUGAGCGUUUCACUGUACCGUCAUUUAAACCUGUCUGAGCGGAUAAUCUGCGUUAAUUGCGUCAAAUAUUUUAACGUAAUUAAUUUAAAAAAUGAACGCCCGUUAACCCGAUAACUUUGACAGCCCUAAUAUAUACACACAUACAUAAGAGUUUAUUUUUUAAAUUAAACAAGUCUUAUACAUAUAUAUAUCUUUUUCCAAUGCUAAAUCUGAAUAAACACAUUGAACACACACACACACAAAAAAAAAAAAAAAUUUAUGGGACGGCCUACUUAACGGUUUUUCACUUAUCACAGCGGGUUCUGGUCCCCAUUAACAACGAAAAAUGACGGAUCACUGUAAUAAGUUACCUCGAAUCUUUGACCAAAUCACUCGAGAAACUCCUGCCUGCUUGUAUACGCUAAAACCUUCGUCCUGUUUCCACCUGUUUAUCGCAGUGAAAGCCUACACGACGCUCUGCUUGGCCCGGCCCCCUACGGGAAGCCGUGGCGCAAUAUCUGUAGGAGCUGUUAUAUACUUCAUACAUAAUCUAUGCUUCAUCAUAUAUUGACGUGACACAUUCCCCAGUCACUGCGUCACGCCUUCCCGAAGGGGGCCGUCCCACAUUCCACUACAUUUAUUAGCAGUCGGUCACAUGCAAUGAUCCAACGCCGGAUUUAGGGUGAAAAAGUACAAAAGCUGUACUGCAUACAAACAGGAAGGAUUGUCUCAGGAGUGAUUUUUUUUUUUUUUUUUUUUUUUUUUUUUUUUUUUGAGGAUUCAAGUUAAUUAUUACAUUUUUCUUACCAUGCAUGCAUUUUGAAAUGUGUAAAAAUCAAUGGGAGGAAUUAGCCGCUGCAGCAUUGGCAUAAUACUUCGCAAUAUUUACAUAAAAUAAAUGCUAACUUCCAUACCUAUAAAGAAUUCAGGGAUUUAAGCAUUUAUUCACAAGAAUUUUCAAUGGAAAGAGCUUUGUUUACAAAUGGCGGUCGCUAAUUUGCUGACUGACUACCAUCAUAGUUCGCAAUAUUUACGUAAAAUAAAUGCUAACUACCGUAAUUUCUGGACUAUAAGGCGCACCUGACUAUAAGCUGCCAGCCACCAAAUUUGACAUGAAAACGGCAUUUGUUCAUAGAUAAGCCGCACUGGACUAUAAGCCGCAGUUGUCCUCAUUGUAUUAUGGGAUAUUUACACCAAAAGAUAUUAACAGGUAACACUUCAUUUGACAACGGCAUCAUAAGACUGUCAUGAAACCAAAUGAGCCACCAUUAAGCUUUGAACCAAUUUGGUGCAAAGCCUUAUUGUUUUAAAAAUCCUCAUUUGGCCAUCACUGCUCCCUUGGUGGAGACAGUCAACCUCUGCUGCCACCUGCUGUCAACACUGUUGUCAUCCAACAUUCCUCCUAGCAUGCAUUGUGGCGCUAUAUAUGUAAAAACAAUCAAAAUUCAUGUCCUAUGCUAAUUAUUUCUUCAGUUACUGUUCCAGUUUCAUUAAUUGCUAGUUAUGGUAUUUGGUAACAUUUUCUUGGAUAGUGGUGUCAUAAUACUGUCAUAAUUACAUGACACUGUCAUAGGCAUUAUUGAAUGCUUAUAAUAGAUGUCGGUUAGUGUCAUCCAGCAAAUUAUCUCACUUUUGAAUGGACGUAAAAGAUCUGAGCUGGACAUAAAUGGAGUUGGUGACAUAAUAUGCAACAUGACACAUUUUGACAUCUGUCAUAAUUCAGUAAUGCCCAUGAUAGUGUCGUGUCAUGUCAUAAUUAUGACGUUCUUAUGACAGUCUUAUGAUGCCGCUGUCAAACAAAGUGUUACCUAUUAACCCAAAUGAAUCAUCAAAUAAGCCCCACUGGACUAUAAGCCGCAGGAUUCAAAAUGAGGGGAAAAAAGUAGCGGCUUAUAGUCCGAAAAUUAGGGUCCAUGUUUUUUUUGCUCUUAACCAAGAAUCGAGACUGUGUUACGUCUAUAUCUAUAAAGAAUUCAAUGAUUUCAGCAUUUAUUCACAAGAAUUUUCAACGGAAAAAGCUAUUUGUGUUUCCACUCGGUCCGCUUUGACGGAGAUUAGCCCCCUACGAAUCAGCCCCGCCAAUACAUUAUGAAGUCUACGGAACAAUCUUGUCAACUGAUAGUGAAGUCUAUGUCUGGACCUAUUUUAAUCCACAGUUUUGCUUGUGUUGAAUGUUUGUGAUCCUUUUAUGACUAUAUUUAAAAAAAAAAAAAAAAAAACUGGAAUAACAUUUUUUAAAGUUUUUUUUUUUUUUUUUAAGUAACGUAUUUUUUGGAGUAUAAGUCGCAGUUUCAUGACUUAAUGGAGCGACUUAUGUGUGAAAUUAUUAACACAUUAUUAUUAGAGGUAGGAAUCGUUGGGCACCUAACGAUUCGACUACGAUUCGGAGGCUCCGAUUCGACUAUAAAUCGAUUAUUGAUGCACCACAACACCCCCCCCCCCCUUUAAAAUUUUUGUACACUAGUUCCAAAAUUGUUCAAAAAUCCUCUUAGGCUAAACAAACUACUAUUUCAGUAUCAAGUUAACCUUAAAUAAAAUACUCAAGUCCCCAUUCUGUAUCAGCAGCUUUAAACUACAUUCAAUUAAUUUAAUGUUGUGAAUAAAACGUUAACGUUGUUAAAAUUGCUCCCGUUAGUCCAUAAUUCCCCUCUGUCUACUUUCGACGUGAAAGUUUUAAAACUGUUUCAUCAUUUAAAGACAGAUUCAAGUCAAGAUUUUGCUGAUUUUUUUUUAUUUUUAUUUUUUUAGAUAAAAAGUAAUUAGGUUCGCUACAACAGAGCCUUCUAGAGAAGUCUACUGCUUUAAGAUGGCGCCUGUUUACUAGCGCGGGAAAGUGUCAUUUCGCAUCUAGUUCUUGGUAUAUGAUCUAACACGGCCGUCGUCCGUCAUUUCACAUCUAGUUCUAGAUAUAUGUGAUAUAUACUAUAGCCGUAUGUUUGUAGCAACUGGGCGCUGUUGGUAGCGGCUGUCAGCCGCAGUCAGGUAUGAUUUUUUUUUAAUUUAGCGGCAUGAGUUGAACAUGAUAUUUACUCUCUGUCCGUUCCUCAUUGCGUCCUGAAGACCGCACUGACUGUGUUUUAUUACCGCUUUACCUGGUAUAAUUCAAUAAUCGGAAUUUGGAUGUUUGUGAAUCGUUCUCGAAUCUUCCACGGCCGAAUCGUGAAUAAUCGUAAGAAUCGGAAAUUUUGCACGCCUCUAAUUAUUAUAUCAUUUUACAUGUUAUUUUGUUGUUUUGGAGCGACACUGAUGGUUUGGUCAACUUGUUAGCAUGUUCUUUAUGCUAUAGUUAUCUAAAUAACUCUUAAUAGCUGUGUUACGUUAACAUACCGGCCACGUUCGCAUUUUGUUGUUCAUGCAUCAUGUAACAUUAUCAUACUGUACACUUAUUCAGCAUGUUGUUCUCUAUUGUAUUCUUAUUUUAAUUUGCCCUUCAAGGUGACAUAUAUGUUCUAUGUGUUGGAUUUUAUUAGAGCUGUAACGAAUACUCGAGCAACUCGAGUUUAAAAACUGAUCCGUUUAAUUUUGCCUGGACUACUUUUAAUGCGGGACAACGCGCUGAUGUUACGUGCAUAGAGGAAGAAGCAAUUUAAAAAAAAAAAAAACUUGCCGCUACAAACUACGCCCGCAUGAUGCUAGUUUGGUAGCAGGUAGUGUCCGAUGUGUCUCAGAUAUCGCAUGCAUUUAGGACUAGAUGCCAAUUGACAGACUUGGCCGGGUCUGGGCAGCGUGAGUAAACAGCCGCCAUCUUUAAGCAGUAGACUUCUCAUCGCUAAUGAAUAUAACGUUACUGUCACACGCUCACGUAACGUUAGCCCUUCGGAGGGCUAGGUUUCUAUUGAUUAUGACCACUGUCGAUGCAUGGCUAACGUGUCUUACAUACAGGCUUUAUUUAAUCUGUAAAAACACAGCGCUGUAGAGUGAUGAGGGUGUAAAAUUAAAACAUAAUAAAGCUAACUGUUUUAGCUCAGUAGUCAUUGCUGAAGAAAUGUGCUCCAAUACAGCAGGUAUCAUACAUGUUGAACACUGCAAAAACUCAAAAUCUUACCAGUACUUACAGUUUAGACCAACUUAAAACUUAACUUAAAAAUAGCUUGACACAAAUGGAAACUAAAUUGAAACACGUGGGGAAAAACACGUAGCUUUUAAGUGAUGUGUGUUAUCAAGCGUAAUGGCAUUUUUAGGUAUGAAAUAUUUAUAUAUAUAUGAGGUCUAGUUUUUUGAGUGAAAGCGAAUAUUUUUUUCUAGUCACAUCUCUGCAAUUGUUGGCUGUUUUCAACAAUGUACAUCGAAAAUAAAGACACUGAUUGACUGAAAAUGGUUCAAUAUUGGAUUAAUUGUCUUUUUUUUCUCAUUUAUAUUUAUAAUUGUUCUUUACCUAAAAAAAAAAAAAAAAAAAAAAAAAGUUUUUAUCUGAUUACUCGAUAGAAUUUUCAGUCGAUUACUCGAUUACUAAAAUAUUCGAUAGCUGCAGGCCUUGAUUUUAUCAAGUAAAUUUCCCGCCAAAAUGCGACUUAAACGUUUUUUACCUCUUUGUUGGGCAUUUUAUGGCUGGUGCGACUUAUAGUCCGAAAAAUACGGUACCAAUUCCAAAGCUAUAAAUCAAGUACUACAUGUUCUGUGGUGUGAUGUCAUGAUUUUGAUAGUGCCAAAUACUACCAGUGCUUGAGUCAAUGCCAAAACUGAGCUGCCGUGCAGUUACGCUUUCAUUGCUGUAACUAAUAAACAGUAUUUGUUGGUGAUUAGACUCAUUUUCCAAUGACAUUCAAUUGUGGAAGAAUACAAUGUAAGGGAAAGCACUUUAAUCAGCAAUGCUUUUAUCUACAACAUGACCGAUAACGCAUUUUACAAAAUGAAAUCCAUUCAAUCCCUCAAAGAAAAAGCAAAAGAGAUCCUCUCAAUCAACACAGCACUUAAGUCAAUUCGUGUACAAUAUGCACACUUAGGAGAAAGUAGAAAAUUGAAAAAGGAUCACUGCUGCUUGCACCUGUUUUGACGUUUGCUUCCAUGUAAAAUAUUUCAUCGUACGAUUUUUUAAGGUAAAAAUAGGUAUGUGGUUGCAGAGAUCCAAGUAAAAAGAGUUCAAUUUGAGUCGGAAGGCCUCGCCACACUCAUACGGAGAAAGUCUUUUAAAGGUCUGUGUUGGAAAAAAGAUAAGAUUGUUGUCUCCCAAGCAAGCCGGCCCAGGACGUCAAUUGUCAAGGAGACGCGGCGUGUGUCCUCAAGUGUCUGCUCCUUUCCCGUUCACUGGUUAUUCUUUGCUUUGGCAUGUGUGAGGAUGUGAGACUUCAGGUUGGUAGACUGGGCAAAUUUCUUGUUGCAGCCGUCAAAAGGGCACACGUACGGGCGGUCCCCCGUGUGGAUUCUCACGUGGGUACGUAAAUUAAAGUCCAGGGAGAACCUCUUGCCGCAGCCCUCAAAUGUACACUGGAGAUGGAAAAGAACACAUUUAUUUAUAUUGGGAAAGGGUUCUCAAAUGAUGUUCCCUCAUAGUUCUAAAGUAGGAUGCCUGAGAGGUGUCAGGUGAAAUGCAAAGUCCAAACACUUUGCAAGCUGGCGCAACGUCGCUCCAAUUUGCCAAAGCACGACUGCAAAAUGGCAAAAGCAGUAACCCAAACUGCCACAACAAGAUCCCCAAUUCCUAAAGCGCGAUUGCAAAUUGGCAAAAGCACGAACGCCAACUUCCACAACAAUGGCUCGCAUGACGAAUGCAAAAAGCCACAGCACGACUGCAAGAUGACGAAAAAAGGAUGGCG